UCGAUAAUCAUCCGCUUCUAUCGAUUUUUCUGAGCGCAGCUUCUCAUCCCUGACUUCCAACCGGCACACUGUCGCAGCACGUUAGAACUGAGAAAUACACACAAUAUACAGCCAUGGCAGACCCAAGAAUCCGGCAAAUCAAGAUUAAAACUGGCAUCGUUAAAAGGCUGGCAAAGGAGGAGAUUUCCUACAAAAAGGAGAUGAAGCAGCAGGAGGAGAAGGUGGAGCGCAUGAAAGCAGAGGCAGGAUGUGAAUAUGUCCUCAAGAAACAGGUGGAGGUGUUGCAGGAGGCCAGAAUGAUGAUCCCAGACUGCCACCGUCGCCUGACCAUAGCACACUCAGAUCUGCAGCAGUUAUUAGAAGCUGAAGAGGAUUUGUGUGAAUCAGAGGAGUACAAAGAGGCCAGGAACAUGUUGGACUCAGUGGAGCUUGAAGGAUGAUUUCUGAUGUGUUUCUGUACUCACUGCGAGAUUCACUUGCUUUAAAUGUUCAUUCCUUUCAUCAGGCCCUGUUUGGAAAGCGUGGAGGAGAGCUGAAUCCAUUCAGGGUCUCUGUUCUUGAUGUAAUUAUUUCUACUGUUUACUGUUAACGUGCCACCACAUUUGAUCCCACAUGAACACGAUAAAACAUUUAUAACACCACACUACUGGAACGUCAUACUGAUUCACAAUCUAGACUUCAAACACAUCAUUUAAUCCUCACAUGUGUUUGUUAUUUCUGCAGUUCUAACGAUAUGUUUCAAGGGUGUGGGUUCACUGGAAUGAUUUGAAGUACUCGACUACUGUAAAAAUCAGUAGUCAAUUUGCAGAUCACGUUUUAUGAAGUUAACCUGAAUACUUUUCAGAUAUAUUUUGCAUUCCUUUUAUAUGUAUGCGAGUUGUUUGAGCUUGCAGGACCUGCAAGAUCUAACCUCUGAUCAUGAUGCAUCCCUGAAUACUAACCAAAGCAGCAAGUAGCUAUUAAGUUUCAUCCUUUUGAUUAAUCCUUUGGUUUACUAAUGUCAGAAAAAAGUAAAAAAUACUCUACACAAGUUUCCUCCUCUUUGCGAAACGCAUAUAUAUAUGACUUACAAUGAUAAACAGCUGAUGAGCAGCAAACGAUCAUAUUUGCGAACAAAACAGUGAAUGUUUGGCCUUUUUUUUAUUGAUUUUCAAAAUGGUUUGGAAUGUAAUUUUCUUUCAAUCUACUAAUCGAUGAAUAAACUGAUGGUUUGAGAA